AUGGCACUCUGUUGGUUGCAAUCAUAUCUAUCAGACAGAAUCCAAUAUUGUCAAAUAAAUGGUCACCUGUCAGAUCCCCUAACCGUGAAGACCGGAAUACCACAAGGCUCGGGAUUAGGCCCAUUAUUGUUUUUGAUCUAUAUUAAUGAUUUUCCAAAAUGUUUAAGACACACUAGACCAGAUAUGUUUGCCGAUGACACCCAAAUUGCAACAUCUAAUAGCGAUAUCAAUGUGAUCUUAGAGAAUCUUAACACAGAUUUAAUAAAUGUUUCGACUUGGAUGUCAGCUAAUAAAUUAACUUUGAACAAUAAAAAUACAGAGUUCAUGGUUAUAGGUAGCAAUAAGCGACUUGGCCAAAUAGUCCAAGAACCCUCAAUUUGUGUGAGAGGCACAGAGAUUAAAAAG